AUGACGGCGGCGUCGUCACGCGGGGCCCCACCUUUGCCGUCGGCCUUCCUCCUGCUGGCGGCGCUCGUCGUCGGCGCAGCGGACGGCGCCACCUCCGGCGAGUACUCGGCGUAUCCAGCUGAGGCCUCCGUGGAGGUGAGCAGCGCUGGGGAAAUCUUGACGGAGGAUUUGGCACCGCCCCCGGCUCCCCCAGUGGACGGCGUGUGCCACCCGCAGUCCCAGGAUGCCUGCAACAAGGAGGAGCUCGAGGUCGCCGCGCUCGUCUCGCGGCUGGUGGAGGAGGGCAAGGCGGCGGCUUCCAAGGGCUCAUGGGACGAGGCGCUGGCCACCUUCGAGAGAGCGACCGCUCUCGACGGCACCUCGCCCUUCGCCGCGCCCGCCUACGUGAACAUGGCCCUCGUCAAGCGGCGGCUGGGGCUGGACGACCGGGCGCUCGUGCUGCUGCGGCGCGGCGCGGAGUUGGACCCCCGGCUCUUCUACGCCCACUACAACCUGGGCAAUCUUUACUCCGACAGGAAGAGUUGGGCGGACGGCGACAGAAGCUUCGCGAGUGCGCUCGAGCUUGCGCUGUCCAGCGGGGAGGCGAACCUGCAGGCCGCGACGCGCACGAACUGGGCCAACUUGCUCUACCGCGCGAACCAUCACCUGCACCGGACCGACCUCUCCAUGACGGGCUUUGAGGGACGCGACUUGCUCAAAGAGGCGCACGAGCACCUGAAAACCGUGCACAAGGCGGCCGACGAGCACGGCAGCGCGCCGAUGCGCGAGUCGGUGACCACGCUGUCGUCGAUCCUGAACCUCCGGGGCAGGCACAAGGAGAGGAAGAAACUGCACAAGUGGGCCGUGAAGAAGGGCCUCUGGAAGGACCCCUGGCAGCGGCCGGAGAGGGAGUGCCUGCGCGCUCUGCGCGAGAGCACUGCGCACCCCAACCAGCAGAACUACCUGCGCGCAGCUAUCGAGAACGCAACGGUACACGUGAACGCCAUAAACGGGGAAGAGGACUUUCGGGCUGACCGUGGCCCCUCCAUGGGGCACUCUCUGGCAGCAGCAGAUUGA